CCCGCAAAGUUAGGCUGGCGUGAUGUUGGCUUUGAAAACAGCACAAAAAAAUGUUGAAGCCUUGCUGCCUCAAUUAGAAGUUCGGUAGUAGAGGACAAUUUCGUCUUGUCAUGAUGCCAUGCUUAUCAUGUCGAGAUACAAAGAUCCUCUUUUCCAAGAAUGAAAUGUAAAAAAGGACAGCUCGACUAAUAAUUAAAUGAAUAUGACAUCUGCUAAUCGUAAUCCCUCGUCCUCGUCACCGACGUCACGACACUAUCAGCCUGCGUCGGCUUCUCUAGUAAUGCCACAUCUAGGGCGAUCGCCGUGUUCCUCGGAGGUUCCAGCAUCCGUGGCACCUUCGUCGAAGGUAUCACUUUCCGCCUCGUCAAAGAUGUCGACAACUACCAGCUCGGGCACAAGUCAUGGAGGUGGAGCUUCUGAGCUUACCGAUCGGAUCGCGCGUCUGAAAAAUAUGCAGCAAGUAAAUGCGAUGGCCUCACGAGCCAAUCUACGAGCGCGCCAGGCCACAGGGGCUUUAGAUCUCUCGAGCAGCCGGAUUUCGGCGGGAGGUGGUUCAUCUCUGCACUUACAGGUGCCUCUUGAUGAAGACAUGGCUCAAAACGAGCUCGCCUCUGAUAUGCCACCGCCAGCUCAACAUCAUCUCCGUGCACCACAGCAUGCUAGUACAGCUGCUCAACAUCAAAAUAACAAAAGCAGUCGAAGUCCCAGCAAGAUCAGUAAGAGCAUUAGCCCCAGCAAAAUGAGACCAAUGGUAGCACCAAGGGCUCCGCCUCCACCACACGACGACGCUCUACCUCAACACAGGAGAUCACCAAAUACGACUUCAGGUACAUCAUCGACAAAAAAUUCGAAAGAUGCGGCGGGAAGUGCGAGCAGGAACAAAAAGCGCGAAAUCGUCGCACUCCUUGAUUUGUUGGAGAAUGCGGAUGCAGCAACUCGCCAAAAACGAGGCACCAGAUCCAGGAGGGAUAGGAGCAUCGACAACACCGUCACCCACGAUGCAAAUUUGGGAAUAAAGAUGAUAUCAGUGACACAUGCCGAAAAUAGUAUUCAACUACAGCGUGACCAGGAUGAAUUGAAGGGAAGCACCGAGACCGCGUCAAUGAGAGACCGCGGAGGUGCAGAGGAUGAAGCUGGAGAUGCAGAGCAGCUUGAUGAGGCACGACGACGGAACGAGUUCGUCUCGAGAUUCGUCAAGACAGCAGAAGCAAAGUACAGCCGUGAGCGAUCAGUACCUUCUAGCAAGUCAACAUCUGAGGAACGCACAGCGUCGCAUCACCAGAAGGACCAACGUCUAGCUUCAACUGUCGACUCAUCGAAAAUGGUACAGGGUUCUUCCUCGAUGGGCGAAUCGGAUCAUAGAGGAGCCGCGCCUCGCGGCUAUCGUGGAAGCGGACCCGCUGCUCCAGUAAUGUCAAAAGCAUCAACAUCCAGAGUUGGUGGGACGUCAACGGAAUUCCCUUCCGCUUCCUCUUCCGCUAGGGCGCUAAGCGCCACACGGCAGUAUAAUCGAGCGUCCGCAGCUGCAACCGCGCUUCAGGAUCCGACUGCGAUUGACAAUAAGCCGCCAUGUGCUCACGAUGUUGCUAGCUCUUCUUCGAGUAAAGAAAUCGCAUCAGCAGGAGUGCCUGUCCCUAUUCGAAUUUCUUCAGCAAGUACAACUGCCACCGCACCCACGUCAACUGUAUCUUCGUCUUCGAGCAGCUCUGCUAAACUGUCGUCCUUGUCUCAAAAUAAAGGCGGCGGACUACAAGGUGCGGGGACAAUGCGGCCUCCUCGGUUCACUGAUCUCUACACCGCGCACAGAGAAACAAACUCGAGGAUACGUGCUUCUGAAGGUGGAUACGCUGAAGAUGUAGGGAUUACAGGAGUAGAUGGAAACAAAGUAGAACAUUCAACAAAACACGCACAAGUCGUGCCCAAAGGAAAUACUAGCUCUGCUCUUCCGUCCUCUAUUUCCUCGUCGGCUACCGCAGCUUCGAGCACUUGCAGCAAAGUAGAGCAAAAAGAACGUCAACAUUUAAUGCCACAACUUCUGAAAGCUGUAGAAAGCAGGACAGUGGACGACUACGACGAGUAUGUGGAGCAACAGGCAUCGGAAGCCGGAUCGGUAUCCGACGAUGGUGGGAUCAGUGAUAUCAGCAGAUCGAAUGUCACAUCGUCACGCGGUGAAGACGGAACAAGCAGUAGCACUUCCGAGCAGAGCCGCGUGAAUGAUCACGACACGCAGGGGACAUCAACCAGCAUGCUCACAGCGAUGAUUCAGAAAAACAGCAUUGAGCACCAUCGUCCGUAUGCAAAGCAGGGAUCUCGGACUUCUAGUCGACCUACGCAGUUCUCACAGUUUGCUGAACUCCCGGCCUCCGCAAAGCCAGCUCAUCACUUGUACUAUCAGGCAGGAAAAUCAACAAGGAAAGCAGAAAAUCUUCACCAUUCAUCCUCUCCGACAAAGGAUAAGACGAAGAUCAAAGUAAGCCCAGCAGGUGGCUCUGGCAUUGCCGCAGCUUCUAAGUCAUUGGCAAGAGCAGUUGGCGCUUCCGUCGAAAACGCUUUUGUAUCUUCGUGGGAGCAGUUGCGCCAUCUACUUCAUCACAUAAGCUCAGGAGCGCCAAAUAGAGCAGAGAAGGCGGAGGAUGGAGAAACUGAGCACCUACUCGAAGAAGAGAAGGCGGCUGGCAACAAAGACCGCCGUGCAGUAGAGGCGCUAAAAUCGUCGUCGAUGAGCAGCAAUGAAAACUACCAAUUUUUCUUCGGAUCAGCGGAAGCUCUCCAUGUUGCGCAAUCGUCUGACGAGGAUGUGGAUGAAAGCAGAACUUCCUCGAGGAUCUACUCGUCCCCGUUGGAUAGGAUCAGCGACGCAGACGAUGAGAAACAGGAACGGCACAGGAGAGUUUUGCGACGACGCGCAAUCCUCGCGACACUUCUGUGCCUUUUGUUUUACAGCAUUGUGACGCAUACGCACGUGUGGUACUACACACGAGAGGAAAACAGCGGACGAGCGGUCUUUUGCCCGCAUCUGAACUUCGCUUCUUACCGAUUUGGUCCCGGUUGCGAAGUGUGGGCUUCCUUUCUAGGAAAGCAUUCUAACAAUCCUUCUCCCGGAGCAGGCGACAGCGUAAAAAAGAAGAGAAGAAGCGACAAGCCCAUAAAACAUGAUGAAAACGACAAAGAUGAUGUGUCUGAGAAACUAGUCUCAACAGCAGGCUCGGCAAUCGAUGAUCAAGAAGACGCAAGGAAGAAACCUCAGACACGCCAUAGGAUGCUGCGCACGGAAAAGGCAAAGCACUCGAAGAAGCAUGCGGAAAGUUCGAGCAAGGGCAACCGCAAGCAUCAGGAGAAAGACGAAAGUAGAGCUUCUUUUCCUGGAACGACACCAAGUGAUCUUGAUGAUGAUUCUACCAUCAAGAACGAUGGUAGCAAAAAGAGCAGCAGGAAAAAUGAAGAUGAGAAAUCUGGACAGCGCGCGGGCAAAGAAGAAACCGGCGAGAUGAAAAUAGAAGGUGGCGCUCAUUCAAGAACGGAUGAACAGCGUUCAACAUCUUCUUCGAUUUCGUUUUACCCGCCUGCGUCUAUCUUCGUUUCCGCCGUGGAGGACAACAAACAGGAGUUUGGGGAUUCCAGCUGGCGCAUCACUUCGAGAAUUCCAUUCGUAGACGAUGACGAGGCGGAUGUCAUAACGCCAGACGACUUCCGUCAGGCUGCCUUCCAGGGCCUCGUAAAUCUGGAGAAAUCGAUAUCGUCUGCGAUGGCUGACCGUGACGACAUUGUUUUGUCCCUCGAUGUCGCUCGCUUUCGCAAAGAUGUGCCAGCCCUGCGAGGCGAUAUACAGCGCAUCUUUCGGAAGUUUCCCGAUACACUAUCGUUUACCGAACCAAGCGAGGUCCACCUCGUUCUCGAUAAUGCAGCGAUUAGCGCUGCCGAAAAGAGCCCGCGCCAUGAAGCUGCAGAGCGUCAGUCAGCAACUGACGGAGAAAACACUGGUGCUGCAGAUUUCGGCUCAUCGACGAGCAAGAAUCACGCAUCGGGUACUCAGUUAAUUGGUUAAAUUUUCUACUAUUCACCGUAUGCACCUAGGUAAAUUUUUUUGCUUGCAGUAAGUAUCAACGUGUUAUGCUUUCCCGAGGAGCUGAAGUGAUAGAGCAGAAAUACGAAUUUUUCCCCCAUUUUUACGGAAUCAGGUCGUCGAAUGUCUCGGAGCACUUCGCGGAAAAUUGAAAAUGCGUUUGCCCCUCGUUUUUCCACCACAGCUGUGUCUCUAAAUACAGACGCGCCGCACAUCCAGAAGUUUUUGCGCACAAUACCAGAGGGUAUGAUACUGAAAAUCCGUUUGCUCACUUCCGCUGGAGAUCAUGUGUGGAUGCUACCAAGUCGAAGGGAAGGAGCCGAGCUUUUCCAUGGGUCAGAGCAGUUCUCUCUGUUGACGCCAUUCUUUGGAACAGGCACCGUCGAUACGGCGGGCCAGUUGAUGGCGCUGACAGAGGGUCAGGUCGGUGCCGCGAAUCUGGAGCUGCCUUAUCAACUUCAGGGAAAGGGGGUUGUCUGGUAUAAAAAUCUACUUACUCUUAGUACAUUUGUGCUUUUAUGCUUGACCACCGUAACCGUUUUCUGCUUGUCUUCCAGAAUCAUGAUUCCUGAUCAUCCUCAUCAACCUCAGGCUCGUCGUCGAUCUCUUGUCCGAGAAUGUGCUCGCAUCAUCUUCACCCAGCACACGCAGCAGUGGCAUUUUAACAAGUUCGAUCUUUUCGACUUCGAGUGCGACGAAAGCAGCUCCGCCAGAGUCUACCGGGCUUCUGAAAGCCGCUAGAGUCGCUCUAGAUCAGUUAAGCAAAGCCCACGAUGCAAAACUCGAGAGCCAACUGGAGACCGCUUUUGAUCUAUAUUUCAGCCUGUGGAGUGGACCGCUUCUGCAGCGAAACGCAGCUAGAGUGCUCCCGACCUCCUCUGAUGAUCACACAAACCAACAAUCAUUGCGUAGCCAGUACGAGAGAGAUUGGUACUCACAGGACACGGGAUCCGACUCGUCAACUACUAGUACAACGCCGAAUCUGGUGUGGCCAUUCUCGAAGAUUGCGGGACAAGUCUACGUCGUUUUCGAGCCUGGACGCGGCUCUCAAAGCUGCGAGAUCGCGCGAGUGCGCGACAGCUUUUACCCGUUACGACUCAGUCUUCGCAGGCACCUGUCGCAGGUCGCUUCCCUCGAAGGAGCCUUGACUCGCGUAAAGGAUGCCGAGUAUUCUUUUCCUGCUUGGAGCUUUCAUUUUUUUGCCUUCAUAUUCCUAUUCGUUUUGCCUUUGCUCAGAUGGAUGGAUCAUGUUUAGAAUUAGAGGGAUCUGGUUCGGGAUCGUUUCACGUGAAGCCCAAAACAGACUCUAAAACAACUACGCACGUCGUGGGCAAUCGAAAAGACUCUAGAAUAUCCUUACAUCAUUCCAAAUUUUUCAGGUCAAAAACGAGAAGUAUCGGGUACACCAUUUCAGCAUCUCUAGAUCCGUCUGGCGAUGAGGUUGGACCGUACGGCGCGAUAGUCUUACGACCUGACAACCUAGCGCCCAUCGUCUGGACUAGAAUCUCUGAAGCGUUGGAGGUACACAUAUCUCUUUUCGGCUGAGCUCGUUGAUGUCAUAGUUGUAGUUGUACUACAAACAAAAAUGAGAAACUCUAGUUAAAAGAAUUUUUUUGCUUGGCGUUGGUGUUCUUUCUUUUUGUUUAUAGUUGGUCGAGUUUUGUCUCAUCUAUCUCACAUUGUUACCCAUUCUUCUCAUUAGGCACUGGGAAUUGCAAAGCAUGAUGGAUUCGGGGUGGAUUCGCCAGACUUGAUUGCGUUCGAGAAUCGUCCAGGUGAAGUCGCCGGAAAGUCCGCGUUUGUCGAGAUGAGCGUGGAAAUGGAAAUGAAAGUGGAAACGUUCGGGCAUGGAGGUGCGUCCUCUCGGAGCACCGCUGACGGGGUCGCAAGGGCUGAUGAGGAGCCUGAGGAGCAGAACAUGUUUUUGGAGAACUCCUGGAGUGUUUCGAGACUCCCGUCGGCUGCUGACUUUCCUAUUCUUGUGAAGCCUACUGCUGCAGCUACGUUGCUGGAGCGCAUGGAUUUGCUUAACGAAUUUGACGGAAAUCUGGAUAAUUUCUUGCUGCAUGCUUUGGGCGGAACCGCAAGCAAACUGGCGAAAUACAACUUGGGCAUUGCCGCAGGAACGCAUCAACUCCCAAUGACAGGGUGCGGGAGCGGUGCGCCCUGAACGGAAUUCUUGAAGCUGAGAAUCAAUUGUCAUGUCUUGGUGUUUGUCAUAGAAAAAAUACCUGUAUUUAUUAGUCGAACCCCAGAUUGAUAUCACGUUAAUGAUAAUGAAUGACAUUGUUAAAUGAAUGGAAGCAUCUUGCUGAGCUUAAACUCAUAGAUGCUGGUCAUGAUCAUCAGUCAGAAGAACAGAAUAAAGUAAUGUUUGUCUCGGCUUAAUUUGUCAGCAGUCCUUUUUUGUCAUUUUUACUUAGCUCGAGUUCAACCUUGGGCCCUUGGGAGAGUUCUAUCGACUUCGACUCGUUAAUGUCAUAACCAGCAUCAGGCGCUGUUUUUAUCAAAACUGUUAAUCAAGUUCUAGUAUUAAACAACCACUACUACAUGUGUGCAAUAUACGACUACUGUUUCCUCUGAUUCCCCUUGAUGUUGUACCUACAGAUGAUAGCUACUAACUAGUUCAUGUUUCUGAUUAGACCACACACAACAGCUGAGCUAAAGAGGUACAAGAACGUCUACCUUAACAUCCUCAUCAAAAGUGUUGUAUCACGUCAACAUUGCAUCGAGCUUGUGUUAUUUGUAUUUAGGUUCUCGUGACAUGGAUACACGGUGAAAAGUGAAAACGAAUAAGGAAAUUCGCGAACGUCAUUUGAAGAACUUUUAUUGAUCGUAAGUCACUUCAU